AUGAGCUGCGGAGACCUUUUCCAGGUGUUCAGUACACGGGCCAUCAUGCCCCGAGCCACGCCCGUGGACCUGGCCAUGCGGCUCUGCCUGAGCCAUACCCCGCCCAUCCGCAAGCUGCUGGAUUCUUACGAGGAGCUCCGGGAGGGCCUGGGCCACCAACCUUUGCGCCCUUGCCUGAACAACCGGCUCUGCACCGAUCCCGAGAGGCCAGAGACCGCCAAGGGCUGCCGCGGCAAGAAAAAGAAGAAGGUGGUCUUUGCCGACAUGAAAGGCUUCUCGCUGACGGCCGUCCGUAUCUUCUCCAAGAUCGAGGAAGACCUGUGCGAUCUUCACCAGGCUCUGUCUCACCUGACCAGCUUCCGGAACAAGCUGCGGAGUCCCCGUCCAGAGACGAGAAGGUACGCGCUGGACUUCCCCCAACCUUCAACCGACUACAUUGCUUUCCGCGGCCGCCUGCAAAGCGCGUUUGUGUCCUUGGAGAACUGCCUGAUCCAAGAGAAGUCCAUUUCGGGCACCGUCAAGGUCCGGAACAUCGGUUAUGAGAAGAAAGUCUACAUCCGCGUCACCUUUGACAGCUGGAGGAGCUUCCGUGACAUCGCUUGCCAGUACAUGCCCAGCACGUACGGAUACACCGACACGGAUGUGUUCUCCUUCGAGGUGGCCCUCCCGAAAGCGCCAGCUCCUGGCGGGACCGUUGAAUUCUGCGUCUCCUUUCACUGCGGCCAGAAAGUCUAUUGGGACAACAACCACGGGAAGAAUUACAGAAUACGGCCAGUGAUGGGCCCUUCGCCUCCCGGCGCACUUUCCCGUCUGGCAAAGAGCACCGUCAUGGCCAGGGAGCCGUUGGGCACCUCUCAAGCCGCGGCUCUGGUCCUUUCCCGCUGGCAGACCUGGCGGCGUUCAGAGAGCCAAGCGUACUGGUAG